AUGAUGGAUCCGAGUGAGAUCCUAUUACAAACAAUUAGUGAGAACAGUCAUCCUCUGGCAUGUAUAAAAAAUUUGCUCGCCUGUCCAGAUAUUUCUGUUAACUUUGCUCAUCCACGGAACCAUCAGACAGCUCUGCACAUUGCAGCGCAGCAAGGAAAUGUGAAUCUCAUAAACCUGCUGUUGUCUUAUGGUGCCCAUGUGAAUGGCGGAACAGUAGAUCUUAUGACACCAUUACAUGAAGCAAGUUUUGGUGGUCAUCCACAAGCUGUUGAAACUCUUAUUGCAGAAGGGGCUGAGGUUUGCUUUUUACAUGUUAUUACAAGUAAAUAAUCCUUAUAUUGAAGAAUGUUACAGUGCAAUAAAACAUACAUAUUACUCUACAAUACAAGAUCACCAAUUACCAGAAGUACUCAGUGUCUUAUUUACUGAAAAUUGACUUCAUGUUUUAUUAUUAUGUAGUUUCAUUCUAAACAAUUGUUGCAGCACUCUUCCGAUAACAUUGCCAUCUAAUAGAUUACAACAAGUGGCCCUGGGCAAGCAAAAUGAGAGAACUGCUUGCCAAAAUCAAGUUUUUUCAAGCCCUGCUUAUAUGUUAAGAAAUUAGAAUACAUUACAUAUAAUCAAUAACAAGGGUAGCCUCCUUAUGAAUAAAACUACAUACAAUCAUUUAAAAGGGUAGCCCCCUUACAAAAAAAGGCCCCCUUAGUCAACUCGAGAUUGACUUUAUCAAUAGAUAACUUAUCCUUAGACCCAGUGUAAUAGUCAUGAAUAUCAUAAGUUCGCUGUUGAGAAUAAUCUGAGAAAUAACUUGGAGCUUGUCCAUCAAGACAAUUCUUGACAAGCUUGAUGAUAUGUUUCUCUCUUCUCGUCUUAAGAGGGUCCCAACCAAGACUGAAAGCCAUAUCUUCAGUGGAAAAAUGCACUGUCUUCAACACUAUCCUAGCAGCACGCCUCUGCAGGCAUUCCAAUUCUUCUUCAUUUUUCAUUUACCACAGCCAUGAAAAACAGCACAAAAGUAUUCCAAAUUUGAUAGUAUCAUUGAUUGAUAUGAUAAUGGUUCAAUGCUUCAGUUGUUAAUGAUGAUCUAAUUAAUUCUUGAGAACAUCCCCAGUGUUUUAAUGUAUUCUCUCUCUAGUCAUUUAUCAAGCACUCUGACAGCAGCAGAAGAGUGCUGCACCAGUUGAGUAGUUAAUAAAUUAAACUAUAAAGUAAUAACAUGCCAAUUAAGUCUAUCUUUAGCUGAUGAAGAAUUUGUCCUUCUAUCAAGCAUUCUCUAGCCCUGACAGCUUCUGCACAUCUACUGAAAUCAAGGACUCUAUCAAUAAUAUUAUGUUAAAGAAUGAAGGGGUAAAUUUCCUUUGCUUCCUACUAUGUAGCCCUAAAAUUAAUUCAAUAAAAGACAUUGAAGGAUUAAAUUCUGGUUUAACCUGAGAACAAAUUUAAUAUUACUACUACAACAUUAGUCACUGGUGCAAUGAAGUUUGUAACAGCUAGUCUGCUGCUGAUGGUAUGCUUUUACACUGGUAUGACAUAUUUCUUUUUUUUUUGUCUCUUCGCAGGUUAAUGCACGCAAUAUAGAUGGCAGUACACCCCUGUGUUUUGCUUGUUCCAAAGGGUGUAUUCAGUCUACACAUCUGUUGGUUAAAGCAGGAGCAGAAGUCAACCCUUCCCUGACAGUCACCUUCCCACCUUUGCAUGAAGCAGCCUUGAAUGGACAUGUUCGUUGCAUAGAUCUUUUAGUGCGAUUGGGCGCCAACCUAGAGAGAUCUGAGAAUCAGUUUGGAACUGCUCUGCACAUUGCUUGUCUCCGUGGUUAUGCAGACUGUGCGAGAUCAUUGCUUCAUGCUGGAGCUAAUCCCAAUGCAAUCAAACGACACCAGUCUCCUUUGCACACAGCUGCACUAUGUGGUUACGAGGAAUGUGCAGCACUGCUUUUGGAGUAUGGAGCAAAUGUUUAUCAGAGGAAUUCACAAAGCAAGAGACCUUCUGAUUUGGCUACAGAUGUGGCAUGCAAAAAAAUCCUUCUAUCAAAAGCCGGUGAGGAAGGAGGGGUGCUGAAACUAUGCAUUGUCAAAUCCAUACUCUCAUCUUGCAAUAGGCGAAGCUUUGUUUAAAUUUUUUUGCCUCAUUAGCAUGUCCCUUUUAUUUUCUGGUCAAGCUAUCAAAAUAAACUCUGGGAAUAAUCAAAGGCCUGCAUAACAAUAUAAUUUCAAAUAUCUGUGAAAAGUUGAGCCUGAUUUACCAACAGUUUAGGAGAUUGAAAUAAAAUUAUCUUUGAAAAACUUAAAACUUUACCAAGAAGUAUGUAUGGGCUCAUUAACCUUUUCGCACCCAACAAUUUUGCAGUUUUUGAUGGCUGCUAUUUCCUUUGUUAUAUUGCUUGCAAAGAACUGAAAAUUGCACAAAUUAAUCAAUUCUUCAACUCUUGAAGUUAAUUUGUGCAUACAAUGAUGCCCUCUAUGGUUUAACUCAUAUGCUACUAAACAAAAAUGUAAACAGUGACUUUACCAAAGAUUCGCCUACAGGUAGAUGUAGAGGAAAUUAGUAGGAGUGGUGUUUUGGGUGGGGUCUUUCAGACAGGGAGGUAAACAACCCAACGGAGAUGAGAGAGUUGGAGGGAAUGAAUGAUAUACUGUCUAGUAAGACACCUUUUUUGGAAAAGGGGUCCAUGUUAAAUAUUUUUUUGCAAAAUAAAAAGAAUAAACAGGGAGUCCUAAAUGUUGUUCAUCUCAGGCCCACUUUUAUCCGUUCUUUUGUUAUGCUGGAAAACAUUUUGAUAUUAUUAUUAAAGGCUAAUUUUUGCUCGAUUUUUUUUUCCAGAAACUCCAGCAAAACUUAUCGAAACCUGCCGGCUUGUCAUCAGACAACAGUUGUCACGAACUCCAUCGAUCAAGAUUCCACUGCUACCCCUCCCUGGCUCCCUCAAAGAAUACCUCAACUACUAUUACUGA